ACUUAAGAGAUUUUGUUAGGGCUUUGAUGUCACAUUUCUUGACGAGGGCCAUGGUCUUGAUGAUGUUGGCAUCCAAGGGUUCUGGUAUCCGAAUCGAAGCGUAUUUUCCUUGGUUGAUCAACUUGGACUCAAACCCUUCACAACCUGGACAAGAUCUGCUCAGUACCUUGGAGAAGAUUUACAUGUAUUCAUCCAUUUCCUCUUUGUUUCUUAUGAAGCAAGAAACCUAUAAGGAUAAAAAUGUUUAUGUGUUUAAGGUUGAGUUUCCUGUAUUUCAAGAGCUUCCUCAGCUGCCAACUCCUCUAGGAACUCUAUACUAUUCUCAAUUUUCUCGGCUCUCCUUAGCAGACAAGAUAUCUUCCCUUCCUCUAAUGGCUGCAGGCAAGUUGAGUCUUCUUCAUUAUGCAGUUAUCGAUUAUGAUAACACGGAUGCAGCUUGGAGGAAGUAUGAUUCAGUGACUGCAAGGGAAUUGUUUAAGCAGUUUGGAUGCUCAGAAAGUCUGUACCGGAAUAUCCUAAGGCCAUUGCUUCAGGUGGGUUUGUUUGCUCCACCUGAGCAGUGCAACACGGCUGCUGUGCUUGCGCUCUUCUAUUAUCUCAUCCUCUCUCAUCAAAAAGACUUUGACAUGGUGUGGUCCCGAGGGACGGUGAGGGAGAUGAUCUUCAAUCCCUGGACUGACUCUUUGAAAGAAAGAGGGUGCAGAUUCCUCAGAGAUAAGUCUGUGACUGACUUCAUCCUCAGCGAUGACGACUCUGGUUAUGUCACUCAAGUCGUCUGCGGCCGAGAUAAUGCAGCGUUGUGUAAGCGAGAGGAGUUCCUAAGAGUCUUGAAUCUGAGAUCCGUAGAUGUCGUCUAUGUGAAGCUCAAGCUUGAUAGAAAGGUCGCUAUUCUGCAUGCUUCAAACGCAUGUUCAGUCUUGGAAGACUCAUACGGAUGGACUUUCUUUGACCUAAACUCCAUUUACGACGCCUACAAGGAAGAAGAACAGACUGUGGUUAGAACUAAUUUCGAGAAAGCGUACGUGAUGGGGUUAGAGGCAGCAAACGGAGUGGUAGAUUACGUGGGAGAAGGAAGUUUUAUGAGAAUCAUACCAAUUCAAGAAGAAGAGCCUCAUGUUGAAGCUCUUAGAACUCUCAAUUGAACCAUUAACCAUCUCAGACUUAUGUUAAUGUUGUAACAUGAUGCUUCUUCUUUUGUUACUGUUUUAGAUUGUAAGUCGAUGGUUCUCUGCUUUAUGUAUAGCCUUCUUUUUCUUUGUGUUGUUGUUUCAUAUCUCUUUCAUGUCUAUUUCCUGAAUCUUAUAUACAAAAUUUACUACCUAUGUGAUUUUAUUGCUUUGUUCUAUGAGUUGUUUCAUUCACUCAUGGUACAAGUAAAGGCUUUGAGCUGAU